CGAAACCUGCCCCUGCUCUCAGACGUCACCGGCACCACCGGAGAGGCUGGAGCAGACGGCGGGACCUCAGUUGACACCUUGACACAUUUGCAACACACAUACAUCCCCAGACCAUGCCAUAAGAACAACAAACCGGGGACACGCCGCCGCACUGCGAACCGAAGGAGGUCUGCUGCUGCUGCUGCUGCUGCUGCUGCUGCCCGGGAAUGUCCUCCGUGCAGCCACGAACAUGAAGCGCAAGAGCGAGAGGAGAAGAGCCGAGUCGAGGAAAAAGCGCUGUGCAGCUCUCAGCAGCUCAGAGGCGGAGCCAACCUCUGAUGUUUACACUGAGAUAACAGAUCAACUGUAUUUCGCCAUUCUAAAGCAAAAGAUCAAGAGCACAGCUGAUCGACACUGUUUCUGCAUAGAUGAAGAGCUGGCAUAUGAGAACUUCUAUGCGGACUUUGGUCCCCUUAACUUGGCCAUGUUUUAUCGCUUCAGCUGCAAGCUGACAAAGAAGCUCAAGUCUAUUACACUCUCAAGGAAGAAGAUCAUAUUCUACACCUGUGGAGAUCAGAAGAAACAAGCCAAUGCUGCCUAUCUCAUUGGCUCAUAUGCAGUGAUGAAUCUAGACAUGAUGCCGGAGGAUGCCUACAGUCUGCUUGUGUCAAGGAACUCAACAUAUAUUCCAUUCAGAGAUGCGUCAUUUGGAUCCUGCAUGUACAAUCUGAAUAUCCUAGACUGCCUUCGUGGUGUUCACAAGGCUCUGCAGUACGGCUGGCUCGACUUCUCCAACUUUGACGUGGAAGAAUAUGAGCACUACGAAAGGGCAGAAAAUGGGGACUUAAACUGGAUCAUUCCAGGAAAGUUUCUUGCGUUCAGCGGGCCUCAUCCAAAGAGCAAAAUAGAGAAUGGGUACCCUUUACACGCUCCUGAGGCAUACAUCCCAUACUUCAGGAAUCACAACAUCACCGCUGUCAUCAGACUCAACAAAAAGAUGUAUGAUGCCAGGCGUUUCACUGAAUCUGGCUUUGAGCACCACGAUCUGUUCUUUGUGGACGGGAGCACGCCAAACGACUCCAUCGUCAGGAAGUUCCUCAACAUCUGCGAGAACGCAGAAGGAGCCAUCGCUGUCCACUGCAAAGCUGGUUUGGGCAGGACUGGCACUCUGAUUGGCUGUUAUAUGAUGAAACAUUACGGCCUGAGUGCUGCCGAGGCCAUUGCCUGGAUACGAAUCUGCAGACCAGGGUCCAUCAUUGGGCCUCAGCAGAACUUUGUUGAAGAUAAGCAGAACAGUCUGUGGGCUGAAGGAGAUGUUUUCCGGGAGAAGAUGCAAAACGAAUGUGAGAAUGGCAAGACGGCUGUAACCAGGAUCCUGUCUGGUGUGGAUGACAUAUCCAUCAACGGGAGCAACAAGAACAGGGCAUCCAAUAAAGAGGAAAUGGACCUGUAUAAUGAUGAUGAGGAGAGGAAUGGCCUUACGCAGGGUGAUAAACUGCGAGCCCUGAAGAGCAAGAGGCAGGCCAGAUCAUCCUCAGGUUCACUAUCGCAGGUGGUAGUGUUCUGCUGCAACCUCAUGGGCACGCUGUGGCCGAUGUGUUGCCUGCCAUUCAAAAGAUAGCUGAGAGUGGCAGAGAAAGAGAGAGAGAGAGAGAGAGAGAGUGGGGGAGAGCAAAAACAGAGAGAGGAUGUGAGGUUUUGUAUGACAGAGGUAAGUUUACAUCACUUCCUUAUUAGCUGCCUUCCUCUUCCUGUAGAAAUGGUUGCUAUGCCAGUGUAUGGUAUGGCUGAUUUUGAGGUUGUUUCUUUUUUGUUUCUUUUAUUUUCUGUCUUUCGUUGGAUGACUAUGAUGGGGAUAUGCACUUAGUGGAUGCAUUACAUUUACACGCCUUGCAUUAUGUGCCUGUCAUGGACACACUGAGCUGAUCUGCUUUGAUAUCAAGGCUUAUCCCAGAGUUACAGUAAAGCUCUUUCAUUGAGCCUGCUGUACUUGUUAACAAUGGCACCAAUUAUUCAACUAAUCACGGUUUAACAAAGGAUCUGGAUUAGUUGAAUUUAAUGGUUUAGUGCUUGGCUUGCACUGCUGACUUGGCACGUCUCAAGAGAAAAUGUUGGCGAGGGAAACUUGAUCCUGGUUCUGAUCUGCAGUUUGUACUUGUUUAGUUAAGAAGCUAACUUGCCUGCUCAAUCAUAUAGCUGUAGGUGUUUUUUAGGAAACAUCAAGGAGUACUUUGUUGUUAAAAUGAUCUUUGCUUGGGGUGUUUUUAUGAAAUAAUAAGCGGAUUUAAAUGGCAUUGUUGGGAUUGGUAAAUCACACAUGAUUCUAUUUUAAAUACACAGGUUAGCUCCUCAGGAGGUAGAGGGAUGGAGAAAAUGGCUUUAUAUACAUCCUCAGGAGGGAGUUGAGGCAGAAUAGAGAUUUGUUCGCACAAGAAAUUUGGCUUAUCAGAUUAUGCGCUGCUACACAUCCCUCUUACUUCCAGCUGAACUUCACCAUCUGGCUCCACUGUUUGUUUUAUUAAGUAAUACUGACGUGCAUGUUCAAUUCCAGUGAUGAUAAGAACGACAAUUAUCUGAAAGCGUUCUUUUCUGCCUCUUCAUGCAUGGCAACAGGCAUGAAACCCUUGGACAUGCACGCAUGAACAUGCCUCUUUGUUCGAUCUGUGUUUGUGUCUAACAUGUAACUAAUGUUGGGCCGGGUUCAUCGUCUAUUGCCUGUUGUUUUUCCAUUGCUUCUGUGACUGGAUCAGUGUGCACAUACCAUCCGAGCUUUGUGUACCCCUUCAGGUUUCUGUGUCUGCUAGCUUCUAUUAAAAUGCUCCGUCUCUGGAACAAAAUGUAAUAAUGGUAGUUCAUUUUAAUAUUAGAGCCCGAUCUAUAUAUUGGCAGGCUUGUAUCAGCCACUAUUUGCUCACAGAUAAUAAUAAUACAUUUGAUUUAUAUAGCGCUUUUCCUGGUGCUCAAAGCCAUCUUAGUAUAUUUGAUAGAAAUGUCUGUCCAUAAGUUUACUCGUAGGUGGCAACUUGUUUUAUUUUUUCAAAACUAUACUCAUUUUAAGUUGUUUAUUUAGUGUAAUUUUAUUAUAAGCAAAUGUUACUACUGGAUAUUUAAUGUUAUCUUACAAAUACUGUUAGUUCCAACUGUAGAAUAACCACUACAUAUUGUAUAUUUUUCAAAAGCUUUUUUAAAUAAUUGUAUGGUUGUUUUAAAAGCUCUACUUCAAAAUUCUCACAUGAGUUGAGUGUAAAGUUUAAAGCAAAGUGCUUACACAUCAGAGCAAGUGAAGAAGAAGAACUUGCUGACUGGCUAGUUGGAUGCAAGGCUCUUUGAAAGGUAGUUCAUCUAAUCCAGUCUCAGUGGAAAAGCAGAACAUCAAAGGCUUUGUGUCCCGCCCGGACGUCUCUUGUCUCUCCUUCCUUUUAUUUCCCCUUUUUUCCGUUUGCUCUUGUUGUUGGAUUUGUCCUCC